UCUCACUCACUCUCUCUCUCUCUCUCUCACACACACCACACGCACCCCCACACGCAUACUUCUGUGAGAGGUCAAAUAUUUUGCCCUUUUCCCUCCUUUCCAACAAGUGAAAACCCCAGCGGCCCAGCCUCUCUCUUCUCUCUCUCUCUCUCUCUCUCUCUGAAGUCUGAACCAUGUUGGGUUGGUUCUUCCUGAUUUCAAAUCUCAACGUAAACCCCUGAAGACCUUCGAGUUUUCGUUUCCAAUCUCAGAUUUUCGUUACCUUUGGGUCAUAUUUAUUCUCCAUCCUUGCUCCUUUUACCUUGGAGAAGGUUUUUGAAGUUUUGGAUUCAUGGAAGGGUCCGGACCGUACAAUCCUCGAACAGUCGAGGAGGUUUUUAGGGAUUUCAAGGGCCGAAGAGCCGGCAUGAUCAAAGCUCUCACUACCGACGUUGAAGAAUUCUUUCACCAGUGCGAUCCUGAGAAAGAGAAUCUGUGCCUUUAUGGAUUUCCUAGUGAGCAGUGGGAAGUCAAUUUACCUGCAGAAGAGGUGCCUCCAGAGCUUCCUGAGCCUGCAUUGGGUAUUAACUUUGCCAGAGAUGGAAUGCAAGAAAGGGACUGGUUGUCUUUGGUUGCAGUCCAUAGUGAUGCAUGGUUACUUGCGGUAGCAUUUUAUUUUGGUGCUAGAUUUGGAUUUGAUAGAAAUGACAGGAAACGCCUCUUUGGUAUGAUAAAUGAUCUGCCUACAAUAUUUGAGGUUGUGAGUGGAACUUCAAAGAAACAAGUAAAGGACAAGACUUCGGGUUCAAAUCAUAGCAGCAAUAAAUCCAAACCAAUAUCCAAACCGCAGCGGGCCUCGGAACCUCGAGCCACUGAACCCCCCCAGGGAAAAUUUUCAAAGGGAAGCCAGCCAAAGGAAAACGACGAAGGAUUAGAUGAAGAUGAUGAGGAGGAGCAUGGGGACACGCUGUGUGGGGCAUGUGGGGAGAACUAUGCGUCAGAUGAGUUCUGGAUUUGCUGCGACAUUUGCGAGAAGUGGUUCCAUGGCAAGUGUGUGAAGAUCACCCCUGCUAGGGCUGAGCAUAUCAAGCAGUACAAGUGCCCCUCAUGCAGCAACAAGAGGGCCCGUCAAUAGGAAAUCUGGUUCUUGUGUUUUGCUGGCGUGGCGUGCUUUAGUUAGCUAACUGUCAAGUCAGGCCUGUUUUCUCUGUGAUGCCAUGCCGGCGGCAUCAUGUGUAUUGAGUACUUUUAUUUUGGCGAUCCGACUCUGGGAUGAUUUGAUAUUUUACUUUAUAGGUCUUUAAAAAAAUUCCCUUUAUUUGAUUAGUAAUUAGGGUAUUUUCCUUCAUUAGGAAAAUUGUCAUCUACUAGUGAAUGAUGAUGCAGAUCAUUUAUACUUGAUACUGUUUGAUCUACUUGUUCAUAUUUAGUCAUCUUUUUUUCUUCA